AUGUUUGAAACUAUAGAGGACAAUAAAGAGAUUAUUAAAGCCUCAAUUAAACUAAUUUGGAUAGCAACUAAUGGAAAAGUUGUUAAUAUCACUUUCGAUGAUUCAAUACUGUCAGCAAAAGUUGUCUUAGAUAAUAACACUAGUAAAAUUAUAAUUUUGGAUGAACUAGAAGCAGUUCUGUUAAACAAAAAUAAUUAUAGAAAUAUAAGAAAUGAAUUAGCAAGAAAAAGUUCUAUUGCAAUUGACGAGGAGGAAAUCGAUGAUGGUAUCCAAGCAAAUGCAAAUAUAAUUGAAUCCGAUGUUGCAAAAACAGCUCAACAGAUAGAAAAACAACAAAUAAAUAAAUGUUUUAAGGACCAAUCGUAUAAUGCAAUCAAAAAGAAUCAAAGAAAUGAAAAUCAAGUUUUGGACUCUAAUUUUCAGCAAUUAAACACAUCAGAAAUAACAAUUGAAAAAAGUGUAGCUCAAAGCUCUAGCUUUGAUAUAGAUGAAGACAAUGCAAUUAAAGGAUCAAACCUUUCAGACGAUACAGGCACAUCUGUUUCUGACCCAUCUAAUGCAAAUGAAAAAAGUCAAGAGAAUGAAGUACAAGUUUUGAAAUCUAAAGUUCAGGUUAAUUAUAAUCAUGUUGAUGAUUCCAUAGAGCGCAUUUCUUCAGAUUUGACAGAUAAUUCUUUACCAAGCAUUAGCGAAAUAUUGAUAAAUCCACCUCUAAUUCGAAAUGAUAGUUCUAGUAGAAACACAACCCUUUCUUACUCUAAUAAUGUCGAAAAGGAUAGUGAUAGAAAUGAUGUGCAAGCAAUUUUGUCAAUUAUCAACAAUCAAAAAAAUCUACUAUCAAAUAAUAAUCAACAUAAGCCUGAAAUGGAAAUUGAAAAUACAUCUUCAUACUUAGUACCAAUUGUUUUAGUAGAUAAUAACUCAGUAUGA